CCUCAUUAAAAUACAUCUCGAGAAGCAGAGCAGAGAGAAAGAGAUUCAGAGAGAGAGAGGGAGGGAGAAAGGAGCUAAGUGGUCUCAUUACCAUUCCAAGCUCCAUACGAACCGAAACGACGUCGUUCCCUCUACCUUUUUCUCUGCAAUCUCUCCUCCCACGAGUUUCUCAGCUUUUCUCGGAUUAUCUAAUUAAAAGAGGAGAUCUUGUCUCACGGUGGGAUUGUUUCUUCUCUUCGAAAAGAUCGUGUUCCAGGCAAUUAACUGCAGAAAAUGGUGAUGUGGGUCUUUGGCUAUGGGUCUCUUGUGUGGAACCCAGGAUUUCACUACGAUGAGAAAGUGUUAGGUUUCAUCAAGGGAUAUAAACGUGUCUUUGAUCUUGCUUGCAUUGAUCAUAGAGGCACACCAGAACACCCUGCAAGAACUUGCACCCUCGAGAAAGCUGAAGAAGCCAUAUGCUGGGGUACUGCAUUCUGUGUCCGUGGAGGACCAGAAAAAGAACGUCUGGCUAUGGAGUACUUGGAACGUCGAGAGUGUGAAUAUGAUCUCAAGACAUGUGUAGACUUUUACAAGGAAGCUGAUCCUCUGAAGCCAGCUGUAACUGGAGUGAUAGUAUUCACUUCUACUCCAGACAAGGUCUCCAACAAGUAUUACCUUGGACCUGCGCCAUUAGAAGACAUGGCAAGACAAAUUGCGACAGCCAAUGGACCAUGUGGUAACAACAGAGAUUAUCUCUUCUUGCUCGAGAAGGCAAUGCACGACAUCGGGCAUGAGGAGGACUAUGUUAUAGAGCUGGCAAACGAGGUGAGGAAGGUUCUCACAGAGUCCACGACAAAGAAGGUGACACCGGUGAAGGAAUCAAGAGCGAGCCGUGUAGCUAACAAGUCGAAGAACAAUGUCCCCACGGCUCAUCAGAUACUUCCUCCUCAUCCAGAAGCUGUUGCCACGACAAUAUAGCCCUUGUAGUUUUCUUCUUAAUUGGCUUUAGACACGAGUGAAAUCAGGUCUUUUUUUUUAAUAAUAAUGACAAAGUAAGUUUGUUUUCUGAGUAGAGAAGUAAUCUGUGUUUGAAACUCUCGUCUUGUGUGUUGUCCUAACGAGUGCCUUGUUUUGUGCACCUUUUGAAGAAAAUUAAUGUUGAAAC